GUGAGUGGGACUGUGAGAGAGAGCAGGGAGCUACUGCCUCGCUCUGUUACAAAUCAGAUGGAAGCAGAAUAGAAACAGAAGUUUAUUUAUUUCUGCGCUGGCUGUUUAUCUCAUUGGGGUUCGGGGUGAAUUUCACACCAGAGGCUGGGGGGCGGUGGUGGAGAUGAGAUGCAGUGGAGUUGGUGAAGAGCCUGGAGACUGGAAGCAGGAUUCUUUAUCCAGCGUCUGGAAGAGAUGAGCAAACGCUGAGGAUCUCAGGAAGAGAGAGGAGGCUUUCUCACCGAGAGACCUGUUGGAUCUGCAGCGGGGGGUGAACCAUGUUAGAGUCGGUACUGUCAGUCCUGCUACUGCUAAUCCCCUACCCUGGAGCACAGUUAGCACCAGUCCCCAGUGAGGAGAUAGCCCUGGGCAUUGAAUGGUUGACUAAAUUUGGCUACUUGGCUCACCUGGAUCCAACUGAUCAACUUCAAACCCAAGAAGCAUUGACUCAGGCCAUUAAAGCCAUGCAGAGGUUUGGAGGCCUUGAAAUUAAUGGACUAUUAGAUCAAGCCACUGUGACACUAAUGAAGACACCUCGCUGUUCACUGCCUGAUAUUGCAGAACCAGAAAGUAUCAGGAGGAAAAGAUCUGUUCAACUAGGGACUAAAUGGAAUAAAAGAAAUAUAUCCUGGAGAGUGCGAACAUUUCCGACAGACAGUCACUUGGGACAUGACACCAUUCGUGCUCUGAUGUAUUAUGCUCUGAAGGUGUGGAGUGACAUUGCACCCCUCAAUUUCCACGAGGUAGCAGGAGACAACGCAGAUAUUCUGAUCGAUUUCCCAAAAUCUCAACACAAAGACCACUACCCCUUUGAUGGACCAGGGGGCGCCGUGGCCCACGCAUUCUUCCCCGGCGACCAACCAAUUGCAGGAGAUGUGCAUUUCGAUAACGAUGAGGCUUGGACCUUCCGAUCGUCAGAUCCUCGAGAGAUGGACCUGUUUGCAGUCGCUGUCCAUGAGUUUGGUCAUGCCAUUGGACUGUCCCAUUCUUCAGUCAACGAAUCCAUCAUGAGACCUUAUUACCAUGGGCCUGUGGGUGAUCCCCUUCAGUACCAUCUUCCUUAUGAAGACCAGCUCCGGACCUGGCAGAUAUAUGGUGUCAGAGAACUGCUGCUCCCCAACCAAGUCCAACUGGAAAAUUCAUCCUGGCACCCAGAGCUCCCAGAACCAGCAGACCAGCAGCCAACCGUUCAGUCUCGACCAGAUGUUCCUGAUAGAUGUAACACUAACUUUGACGCAGUGGCUCAGAUCAGGGGAGAAGCUUUCUUCUUCAAAGGGAAGUAUUUCUGGCGCCUGACCCGUAACAGACAUUUGGUCUCCCUGCAACCAGCAGAGAUCCAACGAUUCUGGCGCGGUUUACCCAGCAACAUGGAAAGUGUGGACUCUGUCUAUGAGAGAACUGCAGACCACAAGAUAGUAUUCUUCAAAGGGGAGCGGUACUGGGUGUUCAAAGAUAACAAUGUGGAGGAGAGUUACCCACGCUCCAUCAGCGACUUUGACCUGUCUGUGAAGAGUAUCGAUGCUGCCUUCGUGUGUCCCCACGACGACAAAACCUACUUCUUUAGGGGCAACCAAUACUGGAGAUAUGAUGACCACUUGCGGAGAAUGGAUCCUGAUUACCCGAAGGACAUGGUGCAGUGGCAGGGUCUGCCCAGCCAACUCGACGAUGCCAUGAAAUGGUCUGAUGGUGCUGCCUAUUUCUUUAAGGGGAAGGAUUACUGGAAAGUGACGCGCAGGGACAUGCAAGUGGACCCUGGGUACCCAAAAUCCGUGGCCAAGGAUUGGCUGGUGUGCAGCGAGAUGCAGGCGGACUCAUCGAUUUCCGAGCACGCCCGUUCCAGAGCGCGAAUGGGCCGCGGUCAGCACGGUGACGACAGGUCAGGAGACGAGAAAAGGAAUUGUUCCUGCACAUCUCAGGCUUGCAUUGUGUUGAGCCGGAGUGUGACGCUUGUUGUUAGUUUUGUGGUGUUAACCCGGCUGGGAUUGGAUUAACGCACGUCACCAACCUCAACAGCGCCAACUUCAUGAGGCUCCAGUGACUGUGCCGAAGCCAGGCGUCGCUGGCUUGCCUGGAAGGGGCUCGGCGAUGACCCAGCCUCCAUUUACAAAAACAGGAUGCUGUGCCCAGUCCUACUGUAACCUUUCACACUGCGUGGAUUCACAGUGAAUCAGAGAUAAUGGGAACUGCAGAUGCUAGAGAAUCCAAGAUAACAAAGUGUGGAGCUGGACGAACACAGCAGGCCAAGCAGCGUCUCUG